AUGGCGGUGCUCUCGUUUUUCUCGCUCUACUGCUACAUUUGCAAUGGAAUCGCGAUUCUCCUCAACGCGAUUCUCCUCUUCCUUUCGUCGCACAAAAGCAUCGAGACUAUUCGCGAGCUCCGCUACUUUCUCUCCAACAUCGCCAUCUCCGGAAUCGUCUUCUGCGCCUCACUUCUCUCGCUUCAACCGCAAGUGAUCACACGUGGUUCCAUGACAAUUCGGGUCGUGCACGGUCCUGCCCAGUAUCUGUCGGAGAACUAUGUGGUCUGUCUGAGUCGACUAUGACGACACGAAUUCUUUUUUUAGAAGCUCAUCGCGUGCGUCUCCGUUGCCGCUUACCUGUACGCCAUUCUCUCGUUCCCUUUGUUCUUCGUCUACAGAUCUAUGAUAUUGGCAAAUAGCAACAUGUUCGGACAAUACUUCACCAAAAACACUCUGCUCCUUACGUUUGCCGUCAUUCUGAUUGUGUGCUGUGUGGAGAGCUCGUUUCUCUACUUCUCCUCUAUUCCCUACGCGGUGAGUGACAUAUCGAGGGGCUUCUAAUGCACAUUUUGCUGCACAGGACCUGCUAGAUCGAGCCAACCGAACGUCGAGCGUCGUGGAGGAGUUUGAAAACUCGACGCUGCUCCUCAACCAACAUCUCCGAAACCUCGAUCUCAACUCGGGCUCCCAGCAUAUAACACCGGCUCCGAAUAACGUGUCGAGCGGCGUGAUUCAGACGCAAGAGGAGCUGAAUCUCGGCAAACACCACUUAUCGCUGUUUGGUGACGACUACGCCCGUAAUCCGCUCAUCGUCUACUUUCACGGCAUUCUGGCGCUGUGCCACCUCCUCUCCUACCUCAUCAUCUUGAUCUGCGCGCACUUCAUGUUGAACACACUCAAACGGAAGCAGGGCACCAUGUCGCAGGACACGUUUCUCGAGAACGAACUGCUCGUGCACUCGGUGUUCGCCGAGGCCUUUGUGCCGUUGUUGCUCGCCGCGCCCGUUGGAGCCAACGCCGUUCUGGUGACGGUUUACGAGAAUAGCCUGUGAGUUGUCGAUCGAUCAGAGAGCAGUUGAGUUUGGGUUGAGCACAACGAUUUCAGGAAAUGGCAAGAGCUGCUGCCGAUGUACUGCAUGUCGAUGAUUCCGAUAUUGUCGCCCCUUUUCACGAUGCUCUUUAUCAAACCCUAUCGCGAUGCGAUUUGCUCUUUUCUCACUUUGAAAGCGUUGAGAGGCGGAGGGAGAGGAGCAACUGCCAACAGCAACAACAGGGAUGAUAAUGAUUCUUGA